UUUGUGUCCGUACCCAAUCUUGUGCAAACUAGUCCAUCUACCUUCUGUCGCAUUAAUCUAGUCAGUCAAUGAAGUGAACGUACAAGUUACAAGUAAGUCAAGAUUUAAAUGAUGGGUCCUGUUUUAAUGAACAAAGGAAAAAAAAAAGACUUGCCAAUGUGUUUUGAACUUAUGAUCAGAAUUUCUGGCUUCUUCCAACACUAUAAAGUAUCAACCAGUAUUACUGUAUUAGUACAACCAACUUUAAAAAUGAAUGUAAAUAGGUAUUUAGAAUUAACAUGAAAAAGGCCAAUUUCACAAGCUAAGGCCCUUUUACUUCCAUUAUAGUUUCCCAACUGUAUUACCCUUGUGCAUUUAUUGCCAGCAAAAGACAUCCACAUGCUCUACCUUACUUUAAACAUCAGUUUAUCUCUCUGAAUUUGCUGCACAUUUAGCAACUUAGUUUUGGUAAUGGAGGAAAUAACUCAAAGUAUGGACCAAGAUGUCCAAGAACCAUCCAACAGUUCAACAACUAACUCAGAAAAAGUGUCUUUUUUUGGGUUAUUUGCUGCAGCUGAUACAUUGGACUACUUCUUGAUGUUUUUUGGUGGCGUUGCAGCUUGUGUUCAUGGUGCUGUGCUACCUGUUUUCUUUGUGCUGUUCGGCCGUAUGAUUGAUUCUCUUGGAAAAUUAGGAGCAGAUCCUAAUGCAAUGUCUGACCGUGUUUCGCAGCUUUCUUUGUACAUGAUUUAUCUCGGAUUGAUAACGUUUUUGAGUUCGUGGCUAGGAGUGGCAUUUUGGAUGCAAACAGGAGAAAGACAAACAGCGCGCUUGCGUUUGAAAUAUCUUGAGGCUGUUCUAAAACAGGAUAUAAAUUUUUUUGACACUGAAGCCCAGAACAAAAACUUAGUCUUCCACAUUACUAGUGAUGCAAUACUAGUACAGGAUGCCAUAGGUGAAAAGAUAGGACAUAGCUUGCGCUACCUUUCUCAAUUUGUUGUGGGUUUCAUAGUAGGCUCCUUGUCAGUAUGGAAGCUUGCACUUCUCACCUUGGCUGCUGUUCCUUUACUUGCUAUUGCUGGAGGAGUUUACACUGUCAUUAUGUCUACUUUAUCACAAAAGGCAGAAGCAGCUUAUGCUGAAUCUGGCAAGGUUGCUGAAGAGGUGUUUUCACAAGUUCGUACAGUUCAUUCAUUUGUGGGAGAAACAAGAGCAGUGGAACAAUACGCUAGAUCACUUCAGAAAGCACUUGAUUUCGGGAAGAAGAGUGGGCUUGCAAAAGGUCUUGGUAUUGGAUUCACUUAUGGACUUCUGUUAUGUACAUGGUCUUUACUUCUAUGGUAUGCCAGCAUACUUAUCAGACAUCGUCAAACUAAUGGAGGCAAAGCCUUUACAACAAUUCUGAACAUCAUCUUCAGUGGAUUUGCACUUGGUCAAGCUGCUCCAAGUAUCGCUGCUGUAGCUAAAGCUCAGGCUGCUGCUGCAAAUAUAAUUAACAUGAUUAAAACUGAUAGUAGCUCCUCUAAAAGAUUUGCUUCUGGAAUUACAUUACCGAAGAUUGUUGGGGAAAUUGAGUUCCGUGAGGUCUGCUUUUCUUACCCUUCACGGUCUAAAAUGAUCUUUGAAGGUCUGAGUUUCUCAGUUUCAGCUGGAAAGAGUUUUGCUGUCGUAGGUCCUAGUGGCUCAGGAAAAAGCACAAUUAUUUCCUUGGUUCAACGCUUCUAUGACCCUUCCUCAGGACAUAUACUGUUGGAUGGGCAUGAUGUACAAAGUCUGCAGCUAAAAUGGUUGAGAGAACAGAUGGGAUUGGUUAAUCAAGAACCAGUAUUGUUCGCUGCAACCAUAGCAGAGAACAUAUUAUAUGGUAAAGAAGAAGCCGGUAUCCAGCAAGUUGUGGAAGCUGCCAAAGCUGCAAAUGCACAUUCUUUUAUCCAGUCUUUACCUGAUGGUUAUCAUACUCAGGUGGGACAAGGAGGAACUCAACUUUCUGGUGGACAAAAACAACGAAUCGCUAUAGCAAGAGCUGUGAUACGAAAUCCAAAGAUAUUACUCCUGGAUGAAGCCACAAGUGCUCUUGAUUCUGAGUCAGAGCAUGUUGUUCAGAAAGCACUAGAGGAGAUCAUGUCAGAACGAACAACAAUUGUAGUUGCUCAUAGAUUAUCCACUAUUCGAGAUGUUGAUCAAAUUAUUGUUCUCAAGAAUGGAAGUGUAGUCGAAUUAGGAACUCACGAAAAAUUAAUCUCAAAAGGGGGAGAGUAUGCAGCAUUAGCCAGACUACAAGUUUCAGAAAACAACUUGGAUAAAACCGAAAAAAUCAAUGAGCAAAGUUCACAAACCUUGAGCUAUUCUGAGUACAACAAGAACGUUCAUCCCUUGGAAGACCCAAAAUCAAUGGAAGACCCAAAAUCAACUUCUGCUAGAGAGCAGGAACUAAGUAAUUACAAUGAAGAUCCAAUCAUUACAUAUCCUAAGCCAUCCAUUAAGGAGCUUAUUAAGUUAAAUGCUUCAGAGUUUCCCAAUGCAGUUCUAGGGUCUGUUGGGGCCGCUUUGGUCGGAAUUCAAGCUCCUUUAUUUGCCUUUGGUAUCUCAUAUAUGUUAACGGCCUUCUAUUCUAAUGAUGACUCCAAGAUCAAGCAUGAAGUUCGAAUAACUUCAUUUGCUUUCCUUGGGGUUGCACUCAUUACUAUUCCGAUAUAUCUAAUGCAGCACUACUUCUAUACUUUAAUGGGAGAACGAGUCACCACUCGUAUUCGCAAGCUGAUGUUUUCAGCUAUGUUGUCAAAUGAAAUUGGGUGGUUUGACAUAGAAGAAAAUAGUGUUGGUUCAUUGACAUCAAAGCUAGCAGCCGAUGCAACACUUGUUAGGACAACUCUUGUUGAUCGACUAUCAACAAUUGUGCAGAAUAUGUCACUCAUUGCAGCAUCAUUUCUCAUUGCAUUCAAGUUAAGCUGGCGCCUUGCAGCUGUCACUGUUGCCAUGUUUCCCCUGAUGAUUGCCUCCUCCAUAGCCGAGCAAUAUUUCCUGAAAGGCUUUGGUGGGGAUUACUCUAAAGAGUACUAUCGCGCUAAUGCUUUGGCUGGAGAAGCGAUCUCAAACAUCAGAACAGUUGCUGCAUUUGGAGUUGAAGAGCAAAUCUCAAAGCAAUUUUCUAUGCACUUGAACAAGCCAAAUAAACAAGCUGUUCUACGAGGCCACAUAUCAGGUUUAGGGUACGGCACAUCAUUACUCCUUGCAUUCAGUUCAUAUGGGUUAACCCUUUGGUAUGCUUCUGUUCUGCUAAAACAUGGAGAAAGCAACUUUGGUGAAAUUAUAAAGUCCUUCAUGGUCUUAAUUACUGCGGCCUUUUCAAUAGCUGAAGCACUUGCUCUUACACCCGUAAUAAUGAAGGGAUCGGAUGUACUAGGAUCAAUAUUUCUCAUCCUCAAAAGGAAAAUAGCUAUCGACUCUGAUGAUCCCAAAUCAACUAAGGUAACAGAGAUUAGAGGAGAUAUAGAAUUCAGAAAUGUCAGUUUUAAGUACCCAACAAGACCUGAAAUACUUGUUCUCAACGACUUCAGCCUGAAGGUUCCUGCAGGAAAGAGUAUAGCAGUUGUGGGUCAGAGUGGAUCAGGAAAGAGCACCUUGGUAUCCCUUGUGAUGAGAUUCUAUGAUCCAUCUUCUGGCUCAAUUUUGAUAGACGGGAUUGACAUCAGAAACUUGAAUCUGAAGUCUCUCCGGCGUAUGAUAGGAUUAGUACAGCAAGAGCCAGCAUUGUUCUCCACCACAAUAUAUGAGAAUAUACGCUAUGGUAACGAGGAGGCAACAGAAAUCGAAAUAAUGAAGGCUGCCAAAGCAGCAAACGCUCAUGGGUUUAUAAGCAGAAUGCCAGAUGGAUAUGAUACUCGAGUGGGAGAAAAAGGGUCCCAGUUAUCAGGGGGUCAGAAACAAAGGGUGGCAAUUGCUCGGGCAAUACUAAAAGAUCCAUCCAUCCUGCUUUUAGAUGAAGCAACAAGCGCGCUUGACACUUCAUCAGAAAAGCUCGUCCAGGAUGCCCUUGAAAAACUCAUGCAAGGUCGAACUACAAUUAUAGUGGCUCACAGACUCUCAACUAUACGUGAUGCAGAUAAUAUCGCAGUCAUGAGCCAAGGAAAAGUAUGUGAACUUGGAAGCCAUGAAGAGCUUGUUAGCAUUCAUGGAGGUAUCUAUGCUCAAUUGGUUGAUUUACAACAGAGAAAAUCCAAUCCUUCUGUAGAUUAAGAAUUUAGUCAAUGUUACCUUUUGAAUCGAGUAUCCCUCAACUGUGACCGAAAGUUUUCCACAUUCUUGGGCACUAAAAGUCAUCCCACCAGAUGGACCUCAUACUGAAAUGAGAAUAAAAAGUAAGUCAAAUAAAAGGAAGAAAGUCAGUUCUAUUCAACCAUGAAAUGUUCAAGGACUAUCAAAACAAACUAAAAAAAAUCUGUUAAGAGUUCCUUAUUUUGUCAGAAAUUCCUUAUUAUAAAUUUGUUUUGUACAAAAACAGGUGAGCUACAGAAUAAUGUUGAACUUAAAUGUAUAUGUUGUCAUGUUGUGCAAUGAUAAUUACCUAUAAAAAAAACAUACUGUACA